AUGGCGGCCUCUUUCGCCGACAGGCCACUGCUGCCUCCGGGCGAUGCAGACGGCUCUAACGACCCCUUUGUGUCGCCUUCCGCUCCGGCGCACCACCGGUACUCCAACUUCGACAGCCAACUCUUUGCUCUUGGUCCUGCAUCUUCCCCGGGCCAGGCGAAACGCGCGCUCGAAGCUCACCUGGCCGAAACUGAACGUCGGAUGGAAGAAGCGGGCAAGCUAGGGACCGCGCUUGUCCAGCAGCGAAAGGAGCUGGCACAGCGACUGAAGGAGGUCGAAAAGCUACAGGCUGAAGGAGACCUGACUGAUGAGCUUCGCACGAAGCUUACCGAGAUUGAAAAGGAAUACAAUGAUGUAGCACGGGAAACCGCGCGGGCUUUCCUGCCGAAGCAGAGGGUGCCCAGUAAUGAGGCAGCUGGAGGCUCACCAUUUGUACCGGAAGGUCGCGGUGGAAGACGUUCCGUCAGUCCGUCAAAAUUCGAGAGCCAAGCCACAGGAUCACCGACAAAGCUCAGCGUCCCGAACCGAAAGAUACGAAAUCAACCCUCCAACCGGGUGCACGACAUCGAAUUCGCAGCAGAGAUCAGCACCUCUCUGCUCGCCCAGGUCCGCAACCUGCAGGCUCUUCUCGCCGAGAAGGACGAGGAGCUCCGGGAUACGAAGGCCGAGAAGUCUAGGCUCGAGAUCGAGACAGAAGGGUUCCAGCAACGGGUCAAGACCCUCGAUGAGAGCGAACAUCGUUAUAAGGACGAAAACUGGAACCUGGAGACGCAGAUCCACGAGCUGAUGGCCUCCCAGAAAGAGGGCACAGAUCGCGAGAAGAAGAUGACCCAGGCUCUGAAUAUCCUCCAGGCUGAAAAGAACCAGGCUCAGAAGGAACUCGACGAAGUGAAGCUCUCCCACGCAAAGUUGGCCGAGGAGCACGAAGCCUCCAUCAAGCAUCACGAUAUAGAGCUCGGCACAGCCAAACGCAGCGCCGCUCUCGCAGAAACCGAGCGCACAACUCUGCAACGCAAGAUCGACGACUUGAUGGGCCAGAACCAAGAACUCGCCAAGGCCUUCUCGUCUCAACGCGGACGAGGCCUCGAGCGCGACCAUCACAUGGGCAUGAGCGACGAAGACUUCGAGACUGCGAACGAUAACGUCACACCGGAACACUCGCCCCCUCCCUCGCCUAUCAAGGGCACCCCACGCCACUCUGUUCUCGAAUCUGAAACCCUCAAGACGUCCCUGCUUCAUGCUCAGCGAACUAUCCAAAGCCAGCGAUCGCAGCUGCACCGCGAGAAGACUGAGAAGCUUGAGCUCAAGAGGCUCCUCCAGGACAGUCGCGAUGAGCUCGAAAGGUCCCGCAACGAUUCUGGUGGUCUCUCGAACCGUCGCAGUCGCAAAGUUGAUUCUAAAGAGUUCAAGAAGCCCGCCAAGACUCUGCUGGGAGGUCUUCGAUCAAGCCGCAGCGAAAUUGUCGACGACCCUGAAUGGGAAGAGCACUCCGAGGGCGUUAGUCCCAGACGCUCUUCCACCCACUCCACUCCCACGUCUCGCAUGCCCGGGCCUGGCGCCUAUCCUAUGACCACCGACACGAGCGACCAGUUUGACACCGCCAAUGAGACGAGCGACGCCGCUUUCGAGACAGCCAACGAACGUGGCACGGAAACGGAAGGCUUCCACACCGGUGCCGAAGAGUUUUCUGACGACGACGACGCCCAGACCGAGACGGAAAGCCCUUCAAGGUCCCGAAGGCCGCAAGCCUUGACGCUGGCUGGAAGCCGAAACUCUUUCCACAGCACGGCAUCGACAUCGGCGGACGAAGAUAUGGAUUACAGCGAACUGAGAACGCCGGUAGCGCACUCUUCAGAACAAAAAAUGCGUCUCAAGGUCAGCCGCGGAUUCCUCAACCGACGCUCGCGACAGGCGAGCGAGGAGCCCACCUUCCAGAGCAGCCCGGCCAGUUUUGCAACCAGCAGUGCCAACGGAACGCCCCAGCAAGCCGGUCAGAGUUUGUUCGCCGAGCUGGCAGAGCUCGAAGGCAGCGACGUCGAGUCUCUCGAUGCAACGCCCAGUCGCAGAGCUAGGUCAAUAACCCCUGCAUCUGUGGCUAAGCGUUCGAGCACUACGCCCUCUGUGCUCGCUUUACCUCAACUUGCAAUGGUCGACAGUGGCAUCAUGACCGACCCUGUGAAGAAGUCCCGCGAGCCAUCGCCCGAUCUGACGAGGACGAGACCUCUCAUGGUGGACUGCGGUGUCAUGACCGAACCUAUGGAACCCCUGACCCCGCGAUCCCCAGUCAGCGUCGUUGCUCUCGACAGGCCCACGUCUGUAUCUUCUAUGCUCGACGCCGGUACCAUCUCAGGCCAGAGUGACACCACCACCGCCUCGAGUCUGCCAGAUUUCUCUCGCUCUAGGCCACAAUCAACAUGGUCGUACAGCGAUGCUGGUGCACAACACGAUCCUGGUAUGGACAGAGAGCUGUCUCAGUUCCCUCUCCCACCCACAAUGCAACAUGGCUUUGUUCAGCCUCCAGCCCCGCGCCUGAGCUUCUCAGCCAUUGACAAUCAAGACAUGGCGCCAGUCCCGGAACCCGUGGUACUGCCUCCCGCGCCUGCGGCGCUAACGUUCACCGCCUUGGAUUCCACUGCCAUUGAGCCCAAAGCUGAGCCUGAGCCCAUUCCUGAACCGGCACCGGCCUUGCGACUGUCGCCGAUUUUCUCAGAGACGGUCGAGCCAAAGGUGGAGCCUGAGGUGCCUGUCCCGGUACCUAUUCUGAAGUACUCACCACUGAUGUCGUCGACCGUGGAGCCCAGGGCCGGACCUGAGGUUAUCCUACCCGCUCCGGUGCUUGGCCUUUCUUCAUACCGGUCUGAAGCUGUUGAGCCACGGUCUGAACCCGCGAUUGUACCCCCGCCUCCUCCUCCGGCUCCUGAGCUCGCGUUCUCUGCCUUGGUCUCUGAGAUUGUUGAGCCCAGAGCAGAGCCUGAACUGGCCCCUCCUCCCCCGCCCCCUAUGCCGCAGCUGGUUUUCUCUUGCUUCGUUUCUGAAGCCAUCGAGCCGAAGGUCGAGCCCGAACCGCCUGUUCCAGUUGCUCCUGUUUUGAGCAUGUCUCCUCUCUCCAUACACGACAUUGAGCCGCUUGCCGAGCCGGAGAUCGAGCCCAUCCUUCCCUCUCUUGUCCAAGAGUCACAACAAGUCCCUCUCGAUGGGCAGCAGCCUUGGCACACCCGCACCGUUCGUAUUCGACGCUACUCACAAGACCAAGGCAGCUUGGGCAGUGUCCGGCGCAUGUCUGUUGAGUCCCAACACGAUAUCACGGCGGCGCCUCAACGACCAGGCAGCGCAAGCAGUCGUCGCAACUCAAACGUGCAACCUAUGCCGCCGCUGCCGCAAAACCAUAUGGAGGUCAUCGAAGCCGCUAGGAGCGGAUCUGCGCACGGAACGCCUGGGACCGCCUCCGUCAUGGGGCCGCCUCUGUGGCCGGCCUCGGCCAUGCGCGGACAGCGACCUCAGACCCCGAGCAGUGUUCGGCCACAGUCUCCUGCGUCCGUCAAGGGCACCCCGACACCGAAGGCCAUUAGGACUGGCGCUGCGGCACACGGGACCGCCAUCAUCCACUCGCCGACCAAGGCCUCGGCUCGCAGUCGCCGCUCGUCCGUGUCUUCAUUUGCGUCCGAGAUCGAUACGCGCUUUAACAUUCGGGCGAACGGUCUGGGCGUGGACGCGACAGGCUUCUUACACUGGAUCCUCGUAUGA